UGGCCGCCCGCCGCCCGCCGCCCGGUGCAGUGCCGUGCAGUGCAGUGCUGUGACAGUGCCCAUGGCCACAUCCCAGUGAUUGGCAAGCGGGAGAUAACUCAUAGUGCGUCGACCGUCGCCGGCCGCCGGUUCGACGCCCGCCGCCGCUCGUACCAGCACGCCGCGCCGCUGAUGGUUCAACGGUGGCGCACCGCAGCGGCAGGCGCUGGAUAAUGCCGAUCAGAAGCAAAGUAAUGUGCCCCCGUGUUCACCAUGGCUCAGCAUUCUUGAACAUUGAUGCGCCGCGAAACGUGUAGACGCUCUCCACUCGACCCAAGCCACCAUACGAGAUCCGCCGCCGUCGUAAGUUAUACUCAUAGCCGGGGAUCAGUUUGUCCUGGCAGAGUGAGGCGUGAUCGACACCUCUGUUGUAAAAAGUAACGGUUCCGAGAGGUUCCGUGUGGCUUCGAGAGGGUUCCGUGCGGGCGCCGCACUCUGUACCGCAACACUCCUGCCUCAUUAUCCUUCAUUUAAAUUAAAAGUAUGCCUCUGUUGUCACACUAUAGGUGAAUGUUAUGUAAAUACAUAUGUAGACACGAAUGUUCAAUUUGCUCUCUGGCCAAAGUAAACGAACUAAAAGUGUUUACUUUAAUUAUAAUAAUUGAAAUAGCAAUGCAUAUUUCCCUUUUCGUUUUAGCUUUUUAAAAAUCGAAGAGUUUGAACCUAUCGCCUAUCGAUGGUUGUUUUCUAUCAAAAUCCAACAUUCGUCUUCGAAAUGAUCUCAUUGAAAGUUAUAACAUAGAUGAUUGAAACAAAACAAAUACACAAAGAAAAUAAAAUACUCUCCACUCAUUCAGUUAGAUGACGCGGACGUCAAUUAUUUCCGAUGAGACUUUGAUUCGAGUUUUUGAAUGUCCUCAUCUCGGGCCAUGACGACCUCUAAAGCCUUGUCUGCAAAGGUUAUAUUAUCGAGAGGAGGUGCCGAAUAUUUAAAAGAGGAAAAUUAAUUGAUAUUUUGUUGUCGGCCGCCGCGACUUAUGGCCUGCUAUCGCCACACAAACAAGCUCCAUUGUCACGAUAAACGACUCAAACGCUCGCAUUAAAUUCUCGCUACUGGAGUACGAAAUUAAGUAGUGGUACAUUUGAGAAUAUUUAGUAGCUUCCAACACUACCGUCGACCCGCCGCAUCACUCUCCUCACUCUGACAUCACGAUGCACAACGCUGCAGCUGCGGGCGACGCGGAGGGAGAGUCGUCUACACGUGACGCGACGGUAUUCAUCAUCACUUUGAAACCAUAAAGUUUUCUUAAAUAACAGUUUUCGUGGUUGCGAAUAAAGCGUUCAAGGAAAAUCAAUGAGUAAAGCGCAAUGACCGAGUGAAAUAAAUUAUCAUAUGAAUAUCAUAGUGAAAUAAAAAUGUUCAGCGAGACUAGUGAAGUGAUCAAAGUGGAAAAAUAAGUGUGAGUGGUCGUCUGCUGGUCACAGUGUUCAGCGAGUGUGCCAGCGGGUGCGACAGCGCCGCCGCUUCAUGAAACGCAGCAAGUCGUACACGUGGCUGUCGGGCCUGCUGCGCCCGCGCGACCAGCCAAGCUACCCCCUGCGCGACCCUCCCCAUGACCCGCCGCCGCCGGCCGAGGAGUGGGGCGCGGCGGCCUGGGUGCACGCCGACGCCACGCAGCCUGCCAGGCUAGGGCUGAUGGCACUGGCAUGCGGGGCGCGCGGUGCGGCGGCCGGUCUGCUCAGCAAGGCUACGCGCUCAAAGGCGGACGACAACAGCCUGAGGAACAGCGUGUUUGACUUUAUUAUUGUGGGCGGCGGCACAGCUGGCUGUGUGCUCGCCAACAGGCUCUCCGCUGUACCCGACUGGAAGGUGUUACUGCUGGAGGCAGGCGAUGACGAGAAUAUAGAUUACGACAUUCCCGGCGUGCCCACGCGGGAUUACCGACCUAUUUUGUGGAAUUACCGCACGGAGCGCAACGGGUACUCUUGUCUGUCACGGCCAGGUGGCGCAUGUGAGGUGCGCACCGGCAAGGUACUGGGCGGUUCCAGCGUCACCAACGAUAUGAAGUACACGCGCGGCCAUCGGCGCGACUACGACGCCUGGCACAGCCCCGGACACGUCGCCUCCCUCGACUGGCAGUUUGACAACUUGCUCGAACAUUUCAAGUCUUUUGAAGACAAUGGCGACUACGACGUAUUAAUGAAUUCCUUGUACCAUUCCCGCGGCGGCGACGUGCGCGUGCAGAGGUUCAAGCACGCCGAUCGGUUCGUGGAAAUGUUCUCCAACGCUUUUGCCGAAAUGGGCCUGCGCACCAUGGACAUAAACACAAACAUAGCGGAAGCCACCGUCGUCAACCAGUUCACUAUAUACAACCACACUAGGCUGAGCACCAACAGUGCCUUUUUGAAACCAGUGCGGCACAGGAAGAAUUUGGUCGUGAUGACCGGGGUGACAGUCACUAGAAUUGUCAUAAACAAACAAGAAAAGAACGUCGAGGGCGUGAUUUAUGAAAGCGAAAAGGGGAAAGAACAUCCCGCUUACGCCAAGCGCGAAAUAAUACUUGCAGGGGGCGCUAUCAACAACGUGCGACUCUUGCACCUUUCUGGUAUCGGUCCCAAGACCGAACUAAAGAAACACAACAUAACAGUAAUACACGAACUCCCCGUGGGAGCAUUCUAUCAGGACCAGGUCACCACUGGAGGUCUCGCUUUUGCCAUAAAUGAUGUCGCUCCAGUAGAGGAAAAUACUAUUAUUAAUGACUUUAAGACAUGGUUCCACUCUCGUAGCGGUCCGCUGGCGUCGCGAGGCAUAAACCAGCUGUCGGCAUUCUUACAACUAUAUGAGAAUAACAACAACGCGCCCGACGUCGAAAUAUCUUUCGAAGGUAACUUUGUGAGAAGUGAGAAAUUCUUGCUCACAAAUAUCAGUGUUCAUACAGCGGAGGAAUUCACAAUGCCGUUACCUUAUUACAACCUAAUAUCUAUUUACCCGGUUUUACUGAAACCCAAAAGUAAAGGUAAAGUAAUGUUAAAUAAAAGAAAUCCCAAAUACGGAAGGCCAAUCAUUCAAGCUAACUUUUUAAAGGAAUCGGAAGACUUGGACACGCUGGUCGACAGCAUCGACAUAGCGCUACAACUGCUAGAUACGAGGGAGUUAAAGAAAGCAGACAUUAAAUUCGCUCCUAUAGAUUUAUUCCCGUGCGAUAAAUUACGGAACAGAGACCAGUGGAACUGUAUAGCGAGGCAUUACACUAAGGCUAUGAGCAAUCCUAUCGGCACAUGCCGCAUGGGGGAUAACAGUACAGACUCGGUCGUCGACUAUCAUCUAAAGAUGCACGGCAUUGAAGGCUUAAGAAUUAUCGACGCGUCUGUGAUGCCGACUCAUGUCCGUGGCGGUAUCUACAUACCGACGAUGAUGAUUGCCGAGAAAGCGGCUAAAUUAAUUAAAAAAGAUUGGAAAGAGAACAAAGGACAAUAUGAUGGCAGAAGAUGACAUCAACAUGUUAUUAUUAAGUUAGCAAAUAAAAGUAAUAUUUAAUACCAAGUAGUUUUUAUUAAAU